CGCUCGGCGGCACUCGGCCUUUUAUUAUUGUCGAGGGUUGUUCAUUAACCAAUUUCGUCGCUCGAAGCACAACCCCACGUCACAUAACCAUGAGUUCGACUACUUUGCCUUCCAAGUGCUGCUUCAACGGGUGCUCGAGUCCGGUGCUCUCGCACGGCAAGUGCAAAUUGCACCGAUACAGACACCACUGCAGCGUCCAACAUUGCAUGAACCAAGCAUACGCCCGGCGGCUGUGUGUGGCCCACGGUGGCCGCCGCGAGUGUCUCUCGCCAGGCUGCUUGGGCAACGCCCGAAGCCGCGGGUAUUGCUGCAAACACAGUGACGACCACCACUCCAAGGUCAUCACGACGGGCGAGCUGUCCCCUUUGCUGGCGCGUGAUCGUUGCAGCAGCAGUAGCUUCCCAAUGGAACGACGGGGUGCCCCAUCGUCCCCAGCAGUAGCCGUGCCACCCAACGAUGAUAACGUCAAAGCCGAUGGUGACGACGCCACUACGUGCUUGAAGUUGAUUGAGGUCGAAGCGAUGAAGUUUGUGCAGUGCUGGGACGACUUUGAGAUCGACGUCAUCGACGGGUUCCUCUCCGAUUUGCCCAUGUCGAGCAUGAUGUGGUCGAUGCAGUAGUAGGAGCAGUUGGACUACUUGAUUAUUGCGUUUAUUAACUUAUUGCACGAUACAACACACACUUUGGUUGAA